AUGAGGUUCUCUUCCUUUGCCAUUGGCUCCUUUCUGCUGGGUGUCAGCAUGACGGCUCCUUCCUCUGUGACAGGAUUUGUGGUACCAUCCUCUGCCACUACUAAAAUCCACCAUUCCUCCUCCUCUAGUAGUCUCUUCAUGUCCACACCAGAAGAGCAGCGUGCCGCCGUUCUCAGUGAAUAUUUGGCCAAAGCUCACGAAGAAAAGCUAAAGGCCAUCAAGGCAGCCGAAGAUAAGAAAAAUGGUGAGAUUCAAGCCCUCCGAAUGCAACUGGCCGAAGCCCAAAAGCUGGAAGGCAUGGCGGCGGCCCAAGCCAAUCCACCUCCACCUGCCGAGUCUCCGUCGGCACUGAGUGAAUACAUGGCCAAAGCUCACGAAGAAAAGUUGAGAGCCAUCAAGGCAGCAGAAGACACCAAAAAUGCCGAAAUCCAAGCCUUAAAAGCACAGCUGGCCCAAGCACAGCAGGGAAUUCCCGAAACACCACCCCCACCUGCUUCCGAUGUGGCACCCAUCGUGGAUCCCAAUUUGGAAAGCCUCUCCCAGGAACAACUCAUUGCCGCCGUCCGACAGUACCAAAAUUGGAUGGCCAACUACAUUGUGAAUGCUCAGGAACAAAAACAAAAGGCAGUUCAGGAGGUGUUGGAUGCCGUCGAAGAGAAAUACAAGGAAGCUGUGGCUGCAGCACCCGCACCGGCAGUUACGGAGCCAGUAGCUGCAGAGCCAGUAGCUACAGAACCAGUAGCUUCGGUAGCCGAGGAGCCAGUAGCUGCCGAGCCAGUAGUUCCAGAACCAGUAGCUCCGGAACCCAAUGUCAUUCCUGCCAUGAACGAUAUCACAGAGACUCCUGCCCAACAACUUUAUGCCCAACGAACUGAAACCGUGGCAGCAGCAGCUGCCGCCGGAAAAUCUCGCUGGGGGACCAAGGAAUCACAAAAAGCCCAAGAAGCCAUUUUUGCCGCUCUCAAACAAGAACCAGAAGUCCCACCACCUGUCGAGGAGGCGCCAGCUGUGGAAGAAGCACCCACCGUCAAUGGCAUGGAUCCAUCAGUAGUACCCAAGACGGUCAUUUACGGCAAACGCAAUCAACGUUUGGCUGCUGCGGGUGCCGCUGGAAAAGCACGUUGGGGUGACUUGGAACUCCAACGUGCCUACUACAAUACACAGCAGCAGCCACCAGUUUCCCCACCUCCCGUGACAUUUCUCGACGCGGCACCCGAACAGCCUGUGGAUUCACCAGAGGUAAUGGCCUCCAAAGUAGAAGAGGCCGAUCAUGGACUUCGCAACGAUGGUGGAGUUGGUGGAUUGACAUUGUCCGAAAGAAUUGCCAUGGGGGCAGAAGCUGCCCAGACGGCACAAGUUGCAACAGAUCUCUACGAAAAGCGCAACCUUCGUGUGGCGGCAGAGGCGGCCGCUGGCAAAGCUCGCUGGGGUGACAUGGAAGUUCAAAUGGCUAACUACAAUACACAGCAGCAGCCACCAGUUCCAGCGCCUCCGGUGACACUUCUCGAAGCAGCACCUGAACAGGCCCCCGAGUCACCACCUGUAAUGGCUGCCAAAGUAGAAGAGGCCGAUCAUGGACUUCGAAAUGAUGGUGGAGUGGGUGGAUUGACAUUGGCCGAACGAGUUGCCAUGGGAGCCGAAGCUGCCGAGACGGCACAAGUUGAAGUUAACGAUGCCCUAUACCAAAAGCGCAACAUGCGUGUCGUAGCGGCGGCCGCUGCUGGAAAAUCCCGCUGGGGUGCCUGGGAAGUUCAAAUGGCCCAGGCGCAAUUGAGUGCCAGUACCACCACACCAACGAGUGAGGCUGAGGCUGUGAAGGAAGCUGAUCAUGGAUUGCGUGCUGAUGGCGGUGUCAGUGGACCCAGUCUUUUGGAUCGUGUCAACUUGGGUGCCUCAAUGAUGGGCCAGUAG